CGGGCAGCUCGCAGCCGCCGCAGUCGCCGUCGCUUCCCGCCGGGGCAGCGCGUCCCUGCCGCACGGCCGCUCGCUUCUUCUCUUCCUUCUCCCCCCUCCCUUCCCCUCCCGCCCCUCACCCCAUUCCCCCUCCUCCCUCCUCCGCCCCACCUUACCCCUCCUUCCUAUUCCCCCCUCCCCUCGCCCCUGCCGCCGCCGCCAGCACCACCACCCCUCUCGCCGCUUUCGCCCUGCCCGCCCUCCCUUCCGCCAUGUCGCUGGGAGCCGUCCCCGAGGCGGGUUUCUCCAGCGAGGAGCUGCUGACCCUGCGUUUCCCCCUGCACCGCGCCUGCCGCGAUGGGGACCUGCCCGCUUUGUGUUCGCUGCUCCAGAGCUCGCCCCGCUCCGACUUGGCGGCCGAGGAUUCCUUCUACGGCUGGACGCCCAUCCAUUGGGCCGCGCACUUCGGCAAGCUGGAGUGCCUAAUGCAGUUAGUAAGAGCUGGAGCUUCUGUAAAUGCCAGUACAACACGUUUUGCUCAAACACCAGCCCAUAUUGCUGCUUUUGGAGGACAUCCACAGUGCCUGAAUUGGUUGAUUCAAGUGGGGGCCAACAUAAACAAACAGGAUUAUGUUGGUGAAACUCCUAUUCAUAAAGCAGCACGAUCUGGUAGUAUGGAUUCCAUAAGUGCCCUUGUGGCUCAUGGUGCGCAAAUAGACUUGAGAAAUGCCAGUGGCCUGACAGCAGCAGACCUUGCACAUACCCAGGGCUUCCAAGAAUGUGCCCAGUUUCUCUUGAACCUCCAGAACUGUCACCUGAAUCGUUUCUAUAGCAAUGGCACCUUAAAUGGGGUUCAUCAGAAUGCAGGUCCCAAUCCAUUCAGUGGUGGGACAAGUCGAAAGAGAUCUUUUGAAGAUUCGGAGUCUGCUGGAGUAAAGAAGGCUAGAACAGAAGCUUACAGCUUUGAUGGCUUAAUACCAAUGAUGAAUGGAGGAGUUGAGGACGAUGCUGACAAUAUGCACGUUGAUAGAGAGUUUGCGGUUGUAUCAGAUAUGAAUAGCAGUAGCUCCAUAUUGAGUGCACUGACAAAUGGAUGUGCCAUCAAUGGACAUUUGGAUUUCGCCGCCGCGCAGCAGCUCAGCGGGAUGGACGCCAGGCGUGAGGAGUGUUUAACAUUAGCACCCAAUGGAAUAAUUCCUGGAGUAGCUUCUCCCAGUAGGCAUCGAAUUCACACCAGCAAUGGCACCGAGGAAGCAGAGAAAUCCAUGAGUAAUUCCACGGAUAUGUGCGGCUCCCUGCACCUGAACGGCAGCCCCAGUAGCUGUGUCUCCAACCGGCCCUCCUGGGUGGAAGACCCUGGUGAUACUUUGCACUAUGGACACUAUCAUGGUUUUGGGGAUACUGCUGAAAGCAUCCCUGAACUUAGUAGUGUUGUUGAGCAUUCCAAUUCUGUCAAGGUCGAACAGAGAUACGACAAUACUGUCCUAGGCACAAUGUAUUUGUACCACGGUUCCUAGAUGGGUGACCUUUGUAUCAAACCCAUACUGAAAUGGCUACCAAAUGAAUCUGGGGGGAUAAAAACCUCACAUAGCAUUAAAUUUGAAGAUUGCAACUUACUGCUAUUUUUACACUUUGUUUAUAUGAAAAGUAAACCUUUAAUUCGACAGCCUUAUACAAUAGUUGUAGUUUGUUGCAUGUAUGGGGCUUAUAUAGUGAUAAAAUAGGUGAUGUUAUGAUGGAAUGUUAAUUAUUUUAAUUUUUUUUAUUAUGGAAUGUUCUGGUUUUGUAAUUUUUUAUUUCUAGGCUUGUGAACACUAUCUUUCCCUUUUUAGAGGUGUUUUCCGUUUUAUUAAGACAACGGUUAACUGAAUUUUGUGAAGAAAAUGUUACAUAAUGUGCAUCACUUAGAAGUAAAGGUUUUUCUUUUCCAUAUCUUCUGCUGAAGCUAUGGUAGCAAUAUCAAUGCCAGCUAUCACUAUGCAAGGUUGAAAGUGGCAAUCUUCUGGAGCUUCUCUGACUUUAUAGUUUGUACAUCCGUUUGGUAUUAUUAGAUGUUCAUCUUCAAAUUUUUGGAACAAGUUGUUUAGGAAAAAUAAAAUAAAUAAGCAACGACAGAAUCGGAAGGAGUUCCCGUUUCCCUUUCUGUAGCGUAGAAGUGCUUCCUGUUGUUGCUGGGCUCUUGCAUUUUAGAGUGGGGGAGUGGGGUGCCUUUGUUUGGUGGCAGUGGGGUGUGCCUCAGGUUAGUUCUGCAUUCGUGAGGGUUUUCUUUGGCUUCUCUCCUUUAUGUGUGUGCUUGAUAUUUUACCAUAGCUCACAGACCGGAGGCAUGUUGGCACUGUUCUGCUUUGUAUGCAGUUUAAAAUUGCUGUUACUUGUUAUAGAAUUUGCCAAGUCGAGAUAUUUAAGUUUGACUGUCUUGGAUAUACAUUUAUUGUCCUUUUUUUGUUUUGGUUUGGUUUUUUUGUUUUAACAUAUGCUUUGAAGAUGUAAUGUUGUGUACUCUUUGGGCUAUGCUCACGGAAAAUACAUUGUAUUUAAAGCUUAAUACAUAAAAUUCAUGUAAGUGCACUAUAUGAGCACUAAUAAUAUAAGUUGCUGCUUUGUGUUAUGAUAAGUGAAGAGUGGGGAAGAAUAUGGUAAAUGAGAUAAGCCCUUGGAAUUGUGUUGAUUUUUUUGUUCUUGUUUUGUUUAAAAAGGGACCUUUACAAAUUGGAAUUUAAUAAAAAUAAACAUGUUACAUUGUAUCUGAAAA